AUGGUACUAGGAGAGGUCCAACAGUUUCCCCUGGAAGAGGAGUACAAAAAGAAGAAUGGAAUCAGUUCCAGCGAUGUCCAGGAGCUGAGGCAAUGGUUGAAAACACAACCACAUUUGCCUGAGAAAUACAUAACAGAUUUAGAUCUCAUUUUCGCCUAUCACUCUUGUGAGAGAAGUAGCGGGGUCACCAAGCAAGUGCUAGAUCAACACUACACUCUACGCACACUCUUCACGAAUUUCUUCAAGAACAGAAGAGUGGAAGACGUGGAACAAAUUUGUAAUACAGCAUUGGUCUGCCCUCUACCGACACGCACAAAAGAAGGCUAUGCUAUUUUUUACUCACAUAUGAUAAACUAUGACCCGAAGUUAUUUGUGUUCAGUGCAGCUGUAAAGGCGACAUUGAUGGUGGUAGAUCUCUGGCAGUAUGAGGAAGGGACUUGGCCAGGGUUUUGUAUGGUGGUGGAUUUCAAAGGAAUGUCUUUGGGGCACCUGGCCAGGAUUGACUUGCAGAGUCUACAACAGUUUUUAUAUUAUUUGCAGGAAACUAUGUUAGUACGAUUUAAAGGCAUGCACUUUGUUAAUGCUCCAUCCUGGGUGGAUAAACUCGUAAUGAUGAUGAAGCCUUUUAUGAAGAAGGAGUUAAUGGAAAUGCUUCGAGUCCAUACAACUGGAUCAGAUACUUUACAGCAGUGGAUCCCGAUUGAAGGUCUCCCAAAAGAUUCCGGUGGGAGCUACAAAACGAUUUUGGAAUGCAAAGAUGACGUAUUAAAGAAGUUACUGGCUAAUAAAGCGUUUUUUGAAAAUGAAAACAAUAAACGAGUGACAGAAGCGCUGAGAAAAGGAAAGGCAAAAACUAUUUCGGACAUAUUUGGCGGCUUAGAAGGGUCAUUUAAAAAGCUUGAAAUAGACUGA